CUAUGCCUGUGCACAAAGGGAACAUCCCACAUCAAAAUGACAUCAAUCAGUGGCAUCAUUUAAAGAAUAUUCACUUACCUGAACUGGACUGUGAGAUUGAGUUGCUGAUUGGCUCCGAUGUACCAAAGGCUCUGGAACCACUUCAAGUCAUCAGGAGUGUGGGAGAUGGACCAUAUGCCGUCAAAACAAUGCUCGGCUGGACAGUUAACGGACCUCUGGGAGGAAAAGGUGAUUAUGCUCAGGAGCAGUCAGAAAUCAGUGUUAACAGGAUAUCAGUUGGCAAGACUGAAUGUACCCAGUUGAACACUGCACUGGAAAGGGAGAAGGGGCUGACGAAGGAGCUGUCGGGUGAGCUGGUAGCUCUGCGGAUUCGAAUGAAAGAGGUUGAGUCUUCCGAGUUGCGGCUAGAAAAGUCUGAACUGAGCCUCAAAGAUGACCUGAGUAAACUGAAGUCGUUGACAGUUACUUUGAUGGAUGAAAGAAAGAAUCUAAUGGAUAGGAUGAAGUCCGAGGAGAAGAAAAAGGAGGAUUUAGGCAAUAUGUUCAAAAUUGAACAGAGAAAGGUUACGGAGGUCACUGAGAGACUAAUAGAUGAGAGCAAAAAGUUCCUGAAGUUAAAAUCUGAAAUGGGGAACAAAGUAGAAACUCUAACCAGUGAGAAUAGAGAGUUGAGCACCAAAAUAUUGAAUGAAUUGGAUACAAAUAAAGACCUAAACUGCAAGAUCAACCAACUGAAAAAGAGGUUAGAUGGGUUGGACCCAGCAGAAAAGUCACCGCUUAAAAACAUAGGAAGAUGUGAACUGGGUAGAGGAUCUGGCUCUGCCAUAGCAGAUGACAACAAAUUAGUGGAACUGACCUUUGAAAUUGAAGAGCUGAAGAAACGCCUCAAACAACUCGAGGUGGUAGAGGGCGACUUGAUCAAGACGGAGGAUCAGUGCGACCUCUUAAAGAAAAAGUUCCUCACCGAACAAGACAAGGCUAACAUCCUCUCCCGGCAGAUUGAAGAAAUGAGGAGUCAGAUCGCACGGAACAAAGCUAUAGAGAAAGGAGAGGAGGAUUGUCCCAGAGAAGAUCUCCAACAAUGCUGUAAGCGAGAGGAGGCCAUGACCAAAGACCUCCAAGCUGACGUUGUGGCUCUCAAGGAGAAGAUCCACGAGCUCAUGAACAAAGAAGACCAGCUGUCUCAGCUCCAGCUAGAUUACUCAGUGCUGCAGCAAAGGUUCUUGGAAGAAGAGGAGAAAGCCAAGAACAUGAGCAUCGAGGUCAUUCACCUGACCAAAGAGCUGGACGUGACUAAACGACAAAGCCGAGCCUUAAGGCCCAGCAUGAAUGGGAGGAGGAUGAUGGACAUCGCUAUGACUUCGACGGCAGUGCAGACGGACGUGUUGCCCAUGGAUACGGCAGAGGAGGAUUGCCCAGCUGUUUUCAUCAGGAAGUCGGUCCAAGAAGAGAAUCAUAUCAUGAACAACUUCAGACAGAAGUGUCUCAGGAAGUCAUCUGAAAAGCUCAGUGCCCUUGAACGCAGCCCUUCAUCCACCAGUGACAUGGGUGUAAAGAAGUCUUGGAUCCCAUGGAUGAGGAAAAAGGAGACGGCCCCGCCAGGAGAUGACCAUGGGCCGUGCCGUGUUCAAGGUCACGCCAGAAAAGCAGAUGGUCCCGGUGGCCAUCAGGAAGUGCCACCAGGACAGUUUCAGAAGGAAGACCUAUAUGCUCGCCGCAGGUGGAGGCAAGUUCAAUAUAUGUCUGACUUAUUUUGGAAAAGGUGGAUUAAGGAGUAUCUUCCCCAACUGCAAGAACGACAGAAAUGGUCCAACAUAAGACGCAACUUCACACCAGGAGACAUCGUCAUCAUUGUGGAUGAUUCAGCGCCUCGCAACUCCUGGUUGACUGGAAGGAUUGUGGAGACCAUUAUGGACAAAAAGGGACUUGUACGUCAGCUUCGGAUCAAGUCAAAGACCGGAUUUCUGACCAGGCCCAUCACCAAAGUCUGCCUACUACUGGAGGCAGCGGAUCAUUGA